AUGACAACACACGAGCCAGGCGUAUACGUCGAUGCCAAAGGCAAGAAGACCUUCGUCCCGCUCGAAAACAACCCCGAAGUCUUUACAGAUCUCGUGCACAGACUGGGCGUGUCCUCCCAACUAGGCUUCCACGACGUCUACAGCAUCGACGAUCCCGACCUCCUCGCCUUCGUUCCCAGACCAGUGCACGCCUUGAUCUUCAUCUCCCCCGCAGAUGUCUACGGCCGGGUUCGCGCCAAAGACGGCGGCACCAAAGCACUCACGUACGACGGAUGUGGCGAGCACGAGCCGAUCGUAUGGUUCCAGCAAACCAUCGGGCAUUCUUGUGGUUUGAUGGCUCUCAUCCACAGCGUUGCGAACGGACCGGCGAAACGUUUCGUGCUCGACAACUCCCUGAUCGACAACCUUUUGAAGGAAGCGAUUCCGCAGAAACCGGUACCCCGCGCUGCUGUCCUGUACAAUUCGGCCGAGCUGGAGAAAGCGCAUAUGGCGUCGGCGUACAAGGGCGACUCCGUCGCGCCGAGCUCAGAGGAGCCGAACGGGUAUCACUUCAUCAGUUUCGUGAAAGGGAAGAACGGGCAUCUCUACGAGUUGGAGGGAGGCUGGAAUGGACCGAUUGAUUUGGGAGCGAUUGCGGAAGACGAAGAUUGUUUGAGUGAAAGGGCGCUGGAGUUGGGUGUUCGGCGAUAUGUCAAGGAGGCACAGGGGAAUAUGGAGUUCAGCAUUGUUGCUUUGGCCACCAAGCCAGAGUCCGAGACGUCUGUCAAUGGCCAUUAA